UUCAAUCUCAUCGCCAUGUCGCCCAGCAAUUCGGUUGCCCCUCCAGGGGUGCUAGACUCGAUAACCGAACACAUAGGCAAUACUCCUCUUGUCCGGUUGAACCGUCUACCACAGAGCCUUGGGAUCGAAGCCACUGUAUACGCGAAGCUUGAAUACUUCAAUGCUGGCGGCAGUGUCAAAGAUCGAAUCGCACUGCGGAUGAUCGAGGAGGCUGAGCGUUCGGGGCGGAUAAAACCCGGCGAUACAUUGAUCGAGCCGACCAGUGGAAAUACGUGA